AUGUCGACGACGGCGGGGUACCUGGCGCGGCGCGCGGGGCAGAAGGAGCGGGUGCGGCUGCUCUACCGCCGCGCGCUCAAGGACACCCUCAACUGGGCCGUCCACCGCCACCUCUUCUACCAGGACGCGUCCGAGCUCAGGGACAAGUUCGAGGCCAACAGAAAUGUGGAGAACCUGGACGUGAUCGAUAGGCUCAUCGAGGACGCGGAGGCGCAGCAGAGGAACUUCCAGCACCCGGAUCCUUACAUUGUUCCAUGGGCUCCUGGUGGCACUAAAUUCACAAGGAACCCUCCUCCACCUGAAGGGGUAAGAACAUAUAUGAAAUUUAUUUAA